CACAGGUUGAGAGUCUGUAUAUGGUGCGAUCUCACAUCUCUGUGCAUACGAGUUUUCAUUUUGGUGAAUACUGAGCCGACUGCUGAAGCACCGCAAAGUGAUCCAGACGUCCUAUAAAGUCUCUGAAUGUAUUUUAUGUAAAGCCAUCGACAUCCCUUCCCUUCCUGACUCCUCACAAAAUGAGCUCGAGUGCAGCGCUUCCCUCUCCAUCCCUCACAGGCCCCCCGAUUGCAGCCCUGAGUCUCAAUUGUAUGCUCUUCGCAGUCCUCACGAUACAGAUCUACUCGUAUGAGGUCAAGUUUCCACGCGACCGCAUUGCACUCAAGAUCUUCGUUUGGCUGGUUUACAUCAUGGAUUUGACGCAAAUUGUCCUUCUCCAUAUGUUCUGUUGGGACGUUUGGGUCACUGGACUUGCUAUUCAAGGAAACGCUCCGACACCCCAGCCUGAUACGGGGGCUCACACCAUGAUGACAGCCAUAAUUUCUGCAAUGAUCCAAGGGUUCUUUGCAUGGAGGGUUUACGUAUUGAAGAGGGAUAGCCUGAUCGUCAGGAUAACCGCGGCCACCAUUGUUCUUUUGGCGUUUACGCAAUGCAUAAGUUGCGUAUGUGGAGUCAGCUCGUACUAUGUAGCCGGCAAAAAGGCGUCCAGUGUGGCGCUCGAGAUCGAACUCGCGGUAUUCACUCAGAUUUGGAUGAUCGGUGCUGUCGUAUGCGAUUUACUCAUCGCAGUCUCCAUGACAUGGAUUCUCAUCAGCUAUAAUCGCGCGUCAAAGGUCAAGCGUACCCGGACACUCGUUAAAAGUUUGAUACUGCGAUCCGUGGAGACGGGCACCGUUACCUUCGCUUUUACGAUGGUCAACUUGAUUUUGUUCUGGAUAAUGCCGCAAAACUACAUUUACAUGGUGUUUGACAGAACCUUGUCGAAACUGUAUUCCAAUGCGCUCUUUUUGAGUCUUAACGCAAGGGAAUGCGGGGCUGAUGUCAGUACGACGAACUGGGUCAGCGAUAGUACCCCCGACACCACUGGAUCGGUUUCCUUAGAUAGAUCCCGUAUUCGUUUCAGGUCGGACACAGACGAAGUUAUUCAUAUCGCUAGACAUACGGUGACGGACACAGAAAACCAGUUCGAUGAUUGUCAGCUAUCCAACAAGGAGACUCUGAGUUCUGUUUAGGACUUAGGCUGGGAGCGUAGCAGACCUGGAACCAAUGACCCAAUGACAUGACAUCUCAUGUAAUCUUAGCGUACAAUAAAUAAAAUAAUCUAAAGUC